AUGGGAUUCUUCACCGCAUCUGCGCCAGCUCAAUUACACCCCGUCAACCCUCCACUGGGCUUACACCCGAACUACUUUGCUAAACAGCCUACUACGCUUGUAUUGAGAGAGAAAGUAUUCAGCUGGAGUGGCGAUGACUUCUCAGUUAAAGACACGAAUGGAUUCACCGUGGUCAAAUGUCAUGGUCAAGCUAUAUCAUUCCGAGAUCGUAAAGUCAUCAACGAUCCCAAUGGGAACUUCUUAUUUGGAUUGCGAAACAAACUGUUGUCCAUCCACAAGACGUUUAUCGGGGAGACCCAGGAUGAGAGGGAGUUGUUCAGGAUAAAAAAGAGGAUGAGCUUCGGCUCGAAGAUGGAAGCUACCUUUACCAACCCCGCUACCAAUCAGCUCGUCACUCUGCUCCUCAAAGGUGACUUCUGGGGUGGCUCAGCAGACAUAUCCAUAGAGAAUGGACCGGUCGUAGCUCAGAUUUCGAGACAGGUAUUCAACAUGAGAGAAGUAUUCACGGAUCAACAGACUUACUUCGUGACUGUCGCCCCGGGUGUGGAUCUAUCGUUGAUUGCUGCAAUCUGCAUAUGUUUCGACGAAGCUAAGAAUGAGAAUAGUGGUUAA